AAAAUAUAUAUAGAUGUCAUAAUAGCAGGACCAUCCGAGUGCAAAGAAGCGCAUUAGGAGAUGUACGAAACACGAUGAAAAUCCAAGACCCUACACUUGUGGAUGUGGACGUGGGUACUAUAGUUAUCCUGCAUUAUAUACUCAUUUGAAGUAUUUCAUUUAGAAAUGUCAGAAUUAAACAUGAAGGCUAACCUCCUACAGGUACAUAGAUUCCAAGUGAUAAGCAUUAUGGCAGUAGAGGAAGACCUAGAGAAAAGAAUACAAAAUGUGAUGAAGAAAGCAAGCAUCAAGUGUUUAUUGAUGAAGAAAAAAGGGAAGAUGAAAAGAAGGAAGAGAAAAUAAUACCCAAUUAAUGAAAUCAGGAGAGAGC